GGCCUGUUUGUUUGUGGGUUCGUUUGUUUCAACCGUAGAAAAGUUCAAGUUUUACCCAGCGGCUCCGCGCGUUACUGACGAACGGUCGCUUUUGGAUUUGCCCGAAGCCCAAAUUUGGUCCUGCCAUGGGAACUUUUUUUGUCGUAGACGAAGAGGCCGCGUAACGCACCAACCUGCCGUCUUGUUCAAGCUAGCUGCCGAGUGACGUGACGUGAACCUCGCCAUGCCGGCGUCCAACGGGUCGUUGAUGGACCUGGGCCCGGGCUUGGUCAAGAUCAAAGCGCAUUACUGCGGAGACAUGCUGAUUACAGACCUGGCUGCCACUGUAACCUUCAUCCGGCUGUGUGAGGAGGUGAGGGAGAUGUGCUGCGUCACACAGCAGCAGCCAAUCACGCUCAAGUGGAUAGACGAUGAGGGGGAUCCGUGUACCAUCUCAUCUCAGAUGGAACUGGACGAAGCGUUCCGCAUUUAUAGCCGCACCAGCAGGUCUGGCCUCUUCCUGCACGUCUUCCCCAGUAUCCCAGAAAAGCCUGGCAUGCCUUGCCCCGGAGAGGACAAAUCAAUCUAUCGCCGUGGGGCUAGAAGAUGGAGGAAGCUCUACCGAGUCAACGGACACCUUUUCCAGGCCAAGCGCUUUAACAGGAAAGCUUACUGUGGCCACUGCAGUGAAAGGAUAUGGGGGCUAGGAAGGCAGGGCUACAAGUGUAUCAACUGCAAACUGCUGGUCCAUAAGCGCUGUCACAAACUUGUCCCUCUGACCUGCCGAAAGCUUAUGGAUCCAGUCAUGCCAUCACAAGAGCCCUCUUUAGAUGAGAAGAGUGAAGAGGUGGACCUCCCCCCAGAAGACACAGAGGACACGAAUGGAAUACCUUUCUUACCACACAAUCGCACAGUGGAUAAAGCAGAAGAUGUAGAUCCAGAGGACAUCAAAACGGUGGUGGACGGCAUCGACGGCAUCAAGAUUUCUCAGGGCUUGGCGCUGAGCCUGGGUGACUUUGACCUGAUCCGCGUGAUAGGACGGGGCAGCUACGCCAAGGUGCUGCUGGUGCGGCUGAAGAAGAACGAGCAGGUGUACGCCAUGAAGGUGGUGAAGAAGGAGCUGGUGCACGACGACGAGGAUAUUGACUGGGUGCAGACAGAGAAGCAUGUGUUUGAGCAGGCGUCCACCAAUCCCUUCUUAGUAGGCCUCCAUUCCUGUUUCCAGACAGAAAGUCGGUUGUUUCUUGUUAUCGAGUAUGUGAACGGCGGCGAUCUGAUGUUUCAUAUGCAACGACAACGGAAACUCCCCGAAGAACACGCACGAUUUUACGGCGCUGAAAUCUGUAUCGCUCUGAACUUCCUGCAUGAAAAGGGCAUCAUCUACCGUGACCUGAAGUUGGACAACGUUCUCUUGGACCACGAGGGACACAUCAAGCUCACAGACUACGGCAUGUGCAAAGAGGGGAUCAGACCAGGGGACACUACCAGCACGUUCUGUGGAACACCCAACUACAUAGCGCCAGAGAUCCUCCGAGGAGAGGACUAUGGCUUCAGCGUGGACUGGUGGGCUCUGGGCGUGCUGAUGUUUGAGAUGAUGGCUGGGAGGUCACCUUUCGACAUCAUCACUGACAAUCCUGACAUGAACACUGAAGAAUAUCUCUUCCAAGUUAUUCUUGAGAAGCCCAUUCGCAUCCCAAGGUCUUUGUCGGUGAAAGCUGCCAGCGUGCUCAAGGGCUUUCUAAACAAGGACCCUAAAGAGCGGCUCGGAUGCCAGGUGCAGACGGGCUUCACAGACAUUAAGGCGCACACAUUUUUCCGCAGUAUUGACUGGGACCAGCUGGAGAAGAAACUGGUGACACCGCCCUUCAAACCUCAGAUCACCGACGACUACGGCCUCGAAAACUUCGACACCCAGUUUACCAAUGAACCAGUGCAGCUAACACCAGAUGAUGAGGACGUCAUCAAGAGAAUAGACCAGUCGGAGUUCGAGGGAUUCGAGUACAUCAACCCCCUGCUGCUAUCCACAGAAGAGUCUGUAUGAGGGAGAGAGGAGCUUCGCUUCUUCUUCUCAGCUGUUUUGUGUCGGCCAAACCCUGGAAUAGCUAGCUAACCCUGUAGGCCGAUAUCGAGAAGUAAGAGACCAAGAAGCACUAACUCGCCCCCCUCCUCCUCCCCCUGUUGACCUGUGAAUGAGCCAAAGGGGAUAAAAAAAAAAAAGAAAGAAAGAAAAAAAGAUAGUCGUGAGACCUUCUUCCCUUCUUCCAUGGCGGAUCUGCAUUACUUUGCUGAGGUACCGAUCUCUUCUUUGGUGGUAUCUGCAAGGGAAAAACAAAGACACUGGACUAUAAAAACAUUCCCUCAAGCUCAGUUGUUCCAUUGUCCUUUUUCAUUCCCCCUCACUCCUCCGGCUUCUUUUCUAUCUCUCCUCUGAAAGUCCACCUUUGUGUCAAAAUACGACUGGCUUUGUAAUUUGAACAGGAAGCUACUUCAUUCUGUGCCUGCCAUCACAGACACAUUUUAACCCGUUUUCGCAUCCCUGGGUGAAUAUGACGGUUCCAUUUUUGAACUUGAAAAUUUAUGUGCACUUUUUUUUUUUUUUUUGUUAAUUCCUUUUUUUUUUCUAACUUGUAGGGGGCAACGCCUCAAGCAAAACAAGAAUGUAAAAUGACAAAGAAAAACAAUGACGUUAUUAUUGUGUACCAUAAUGUAGGUAGUGAAUCCAAAUUGACGAUGCCUUUUCAUUGAUGCAAGUGGCCCAUUUUCAUCUGUGACCACAAACUUUCUUUUGGUUGUCAUCCACAGCAGCUGGUUUUCAUGAACGGGAAAAACACUUACUGGGAGACAACUUUUGAUUUAGGAAGUGCCUCGUCUCUGAUUGCACUUAUCUCUCGUUGAAUAUCUUAACCUAGUGUGGGAUCAGUCAAAGGAGAACAAUUGAAACAACAAAUUCUGCCAUACUUUGAGUAAACCCAUAGGUCUCUGGAUGAAAUUAGUAUUUAUGAUGCACGGUAACCUGCUUCGGUUGUGACAGAAGGUAAAUGAAUCUAAUGAAUGAUUAUUUUUUUUCCUAUUGAUUGACAAGCUUAAUUUAUGGUACUGACUGACAGUGUUUUAAUGUCCAAUACUGACUAAAUCAGAACUGGAGAGAGCUGGUGAAACAAGUAAAAUACACUGAGGAAGAGCACUACGGAGAAGGGUUGACGCGGACUUUGAAGAAGACAUUGUGUGGCGCUCACCAGUCGCUCUGAAUGUCAAAUUCAUAAUUUUAGCCUAUCCUCUUCAAAUACACACACUGGUGACCGUGUCAUGCAGAGAUACAAGAGGGCUGACAGCUGUGCAGCAGAUGACAUUCAUAACGUAGUGGGAAGGUUUUAGUCACAGAAAGCACCAGAUUUCCAAGUCAGGACCGCUGUACGGGCAAGAGGAGGGGGAUAUAUCAUAAAAAUCAACAUGCACAGUAAUGAAUUUAUCAUUAAACUGAGUGCACUGAUAAAAAAAAUUCCCACAGAUAAAACGGUUAACAGAAAACAACAGAUUGCCUCUGAAGACUCCCGUAUCAUGAAUGAGCCCCUUUAGAUGCUAACAUUUUUGCACGUCCCAAAGAGUCAUCGGAUGAAAUUGGACCCCGAGUAUUUGGAUAAUGGCGCUAUAAGAUUGAAAAUAUGGUCCAAGGGGUCAAAGGGUGUCAAUUAGCUGAGGAGCCAGCAGAGGUCAGGAAGAAACGAAGAUGGAUAAUGAACAUUGGGGGAGACGACUUGAUAAGGUAGCCCAUUAAUACCGUUCACAAGCGCAUGAAUGAACAACCGAUGAACGAACACACACACACACAC